AUGAGUGGGGGUCUGCGGCGCGCAGCAGCCCCAGUGAAAGCGCGUCUAAUGCGCUACUUAGCGGAAGUGCCGCCAACAUUAGUACCUCAACGAUCGGACCAGAUAAGCCCAGAACAGCAGCUAAUGCUCUAUGAGGAACACCUACAGUUACUCGAACGCGCGCAAUUUCGCAUACAGUUCACUGUAGAAAAGCUGUCAUCGUACGAACAGCAGUGA